AUGAAGGGUUUCUACCUCCUCCCACCGGCCCUCCGUCGCACAAUCGCAAUCUCAACAUUCAAGUAUCUUCCUCCUCCCCCGCCAUAUCGAAUACCCUCCUGUCAAAUCCAAACGCGGACUCCUGUAACGGAUGACUACCAACCCUUAGAUUACACCUACCUAGAAGUUGUCUCUCUCCUCUCAACACUCCAAUCCAAUCGCGCAAUUCGCGCCACCCUUUCCGAUCCGACCAAGACUCGCAACCAGAUUAACGAUGCGAUCCCAGAAAUGCUGGAAUGGUUCCGCAAGGCAGGAUAUGUACCAGGGGACAUUGCGAAGAGAGGGGUGAGGUGUAUCCAUGUCGCGGGUACGAGUGGGAAGGGAAGCGUUUGCGCGAUGGUUGAGAAUAUUCUGAUACAGUAUCGUGGGACGGGGUUGGAGGGGAGCAUCGGGACAUUCACCAGUCCGCAUCUUACGGAUAUCAGAGAGAGAAUCAGGAUAAAUGGUGUCCCCGUUAGGAAGUAUGACUUUAUCAGGCAUUUCCAGGAGUUGUGGAGAGCGUUUGGAGAUGAUAAAAAUAUGAGUAAUUCGCUGGAACUGCGGCCAGGAUAUUUUCGAUUUCUAACGAUUCUUGCGUUGAAGAUUUUUAUGGAGAUGGGCGUCAAAACUGCUAUUGUUGAAUGUGGGAUUGGAGGGGAGUAUGAUAGCACUAAUAUCUUGCCUCCGGAAGCAGUGUCUGUUUGCGCGAUCACGAAGUUGGAGCUGGACCAUGUUGAAAUGCUUGGGGGGACGAUUGAGGAGAUUGCCUGGCAUAAAGGUGGUAUCAUCAAACAAGAUGUCCCAGUUUUCAUAACAUUACAACCACCAACAGCUCUAGCGGUCCUUCAAAAGAGAGCAGAUGAGAAGAAUUCGAACAUCACAGUGGUAGAGAGGCUACCGCCUCUGAACUUGGGCGAUAUCAAGCUCGGCCUGCUUGGUGAUUUUCAGAAAGACAAUGCAAGCUUAGCAGUUUCCGUUGCGGCAUCUCACCUCCAAGGUCUCAACAUCCCAGAAAGCUUCCCUACUUACUCUGAACUGCUCAAUGGCCAAGCUGCCCUCCCUCCAAAAUUCGUUACAGGUCUGGAAACUGUUAAAUUGCCCGGCCGCUGCGAGAUUUACAAUCACAAUGGCGUGGAAUAUUGUAUCGAUGGCUCCCACACCAAGGGCGGAUUGCAGGUCGUGGGAACCUGGUUUGCAUCUCGCAUCAAAGAAGCAUCCAAGCAAGGCGUCCCAAAAGCCGUGGUAUUGAUUUUCAACCAAGAUGAACGAGACGGAGUAGCACUUCUUUAUGAACUCUUAACCCAGCUCAAUCGUGAAUUAAAUCAUCCUUCGGAGUAUUCCCGUGAAGGAGGCCGAGGGAGAGACUUUGUCUCCUUGUCUCGAAUAUUUACUAUUGCGGCUUUCUGUCCGAAUCAGGCGUUCCCUGAUCUUAUUGGCGAGGAAAGGAAGGAUCUCUCGAAGCAACUGGAUCUAAUGAAUGCAUAUUCACGGUGGGAACGCAACCCCCUCACUGCCGUUUAUGGAAGCGUGAGAGAAGCCAUAGAUGUCGCUGAAAGAUUCGCUUGCAAUGAUGAUAAAAAUGCGAAACCCAAGACAAGUAAGGUGAUCGUACUUGUUACAGGGAGCUUGCACCUUGUCGGGGCAUGGUUACAGAACGUGCCCAUAAAACGAAGGGGCACAGGGUCAAUUAAAGGAUUCUUUAAAUUACCCAAAAAGACCAGACAGGCAAGAGGUCUCCAAAGUAAGCUUGAUGUACUGCACAACCCGAGGUCCAGAGUCAACAAAUCGCCAACUAGGCGUACAAGAUACUAG